AUGAGGCACUCCACAGCCGUCGUGGCCCUUGCGGCGCUGACAGCACCUCUUGCCUCGAGCCUCGCCAUCGCUGCUCGAUCUUCGAAUCCUAGAGUCGUCGGUCUAUCGAUUCACAGAAGACAUGUUUCAGAUCCAGUUGCUCAUGAUCGCGCCCGGUUGAGGAGGAGAUCAGGGACCGUGCUACAGGACUUGGACAACGAGGAAAGCCUCUACUACGCCAACCUCACCCUUGGAACGCCCCAACAAUCGUUGCGACUGCACAUCGACACGGGGAGCUCUGAUCUUUGGGUGAACACGGCCAAUUCCAGCUUUUGCUCUUCCGCCCGAGAUCAAUGCGAAGGUGGAACAUACGACCCCUCGUCCUCGUCAACCUACAAAUUCGUCAACAACUUCUUCAACAUCUCCUACGUCGACGGGUCCGGAGCCAGCGGUGACUACGUCACGGACACGUUGAACUUCGGCGGCGUUGCCCUCACCGACUUCCAGUUCGGCAUCGGCGAGGUCUCAACCUCAGAACAGGGCGUGCUGGGAAUCGGCUACCCGGCGAACGAGGUGAUCGUCAACCGUGCCGGGCUCGACCCAUACCCCAACCUGCCCGAAGCGCUGGUCAAUGGCGGGUUGAUUGCCUCAAACGCAUACAGUUUGUGGCUGAACGACCUCGACUCGUCGCAAGGCGAGAUUCUCUUUGGCGGUGUCAACACAGACAAGUACGAGGGAGAACUGGCCACCGUCCCCAUCCUUAAGAGCUACGGAGGCUACUAUGAAUUGUUGAUUGCCUUGUCGGGUCUUUCGAACGCUGGCACCGACCUGUCCUCUUCCAGCUCCCUCCCUGCCGCUGUCCUCCUCGACUCUGGCUCAACUCUGACCUAUCUCCCCAACGACAUCGUGACGAGUAUCUACGACGAAGUCGGCGCCGUGUACUCGCAGAGCCUGGGCGCCGCGUACGUCGAAUGCAACAUCACGUCCGACACCAAGACGGUAGACUAUGUGUUUUCCGGCCAGACGAUCAAAGUGCCGUACAACGAGCUCCUUCUCGACGCCGGCACAGACUCGACCGGGCAGCCUCUGAGAUUCGACAAUGGCGAGGUAGCUUGCGUGUUUGGCAUCGCCCCCGCUCAAGGUAGCACCCCGGUCCUGGGCGAUACGUUCCUCCGGUCCGCAUACGUUGUCUACGACCUUGCCAACAACGAGAUCUCGCUUGCCCAGACGGUCUUCAACUCGACCACCGACAACAUCAAGGAGAUCGCCAGUGGCACCGACGGCGUACCCAACGCCACGAAGGUGGCGAAUCCAGUCACCUCGGUCGUUUCUUCGGAUCAGUCUGGAGCCAUGAUCGGCGGGGCGACCUCGACGGUCACGGCGGGAUCCGUGGACAAUGCCGCCGCUUCGUCAGGACUCAAGAGUGUGCCAUUCGCCGCCAUCAUUGCCACCUUUGUGGCUGUCGCUGGACUCGCUCUUGUUGUGUAA